AUGCUCGGCCUCGCCGGCCCGCCCGCCCUCCUGCUGCUGCUCGUCGCAGCGGCGGUGCCGGAGUCGCCCGUGUGGCUCCGCUCCGACGCCGAGCGGGCGCGGUCCGCCCGCGCCGCCUCCACGCCCCGCGCCACCGCUCCCUCCUUUGCGCCCUCUCCGCCCGCCGUGGCCGCCGCCUCGCCGAGAGCGGCCCGGCAGAUCGGCUCGCCGCGGCCGCCGCCCUCGCCGAGCCGCUGCGCGAGCGGCCGCUCCGAGGUGGCGAUCCAGUCGCUCCCCUCGGUCCCGACCCGCAUCUGGGACCACGGCGAGACAGUAGCCGACAAGGUGACGCUGCGCGCGGUGCUCGCGGACCCGUCUGCGCGACGGCCGCUGCUCGCUGCGGCGGGACUCGCGGUCGGCAACACGGCCAUCAUGGUGCAGCCGCUGCAGAAUUAUACGACCGACAUCAUGGUGCGCGCCGGCGCGAGCGACCCCUUCUUCUGCGCGCUCCUCGCCGGCCUGGCGCGGCUCGCCGGCGUCUGCGUCUGCGUGCUGCUCGUCGACCGGGUCGGCCGGAGACCGCUCCUGCUCGCGGGCGCGGCGGGCAUCGCGGGCUGCUACCUGCUGAUGGCGCUCGCGUACGCGCGCAACGAGCCCAGCCUGCUCGCCGCCGGCCUCAUCGCCCUCUUCUUUUGCUGGGCGGGCUCGUGGGCAGGGUGGGCGUGCCGGCGGCUCAGCCGCGCCUCUCCGGCUCGGCCUCCUCACGCGCCGGCGGUCGAGUAUAGGCUGGUGUGGACCGUCUCGGCGGAGCUGCUGCCCGACUCUCUGCGCGCGAGCGGCAUGGGCGCCAUCCUCAUCGUCUUCUGGACGCUCAACUUCGUGGCGUGCCAGGAGGUUGAGCGCGUGAUGCAGGCGCUGACACCGCAGGGGGCGAUGGCUGCCUUCGCAAUCCUGUCGGUUGGCGCCUUCGCCUACGUUGCGACUUGCGUCGCUGAGACGCAGCCCGAGGGCGAGGCUCAGGGCGGCGCCGAGCAGCUGAGAGGCAUCUCCCUCCACCACCGCCGCGACGGCCACAGCCACGGGACCGACUCGCACUCGGGGUCCGACUCGGAGUGGGAUACGCACGUGGGGAGGGGCGAGGGCGCCGGGCCCACGGCGGCAAAGCAAAGUGGGGGCGGGGCGGCGCACCGGCGGUCGCUCCACUAA